AGGAACCAGUACGCACCCCCCGCCAUGGUUCUGUGGUUCAUUGCUGCCAGUACGAUAUUGGGCGUGGUCUUCCUAGGCCUCUACAAGCAGGACUGGCCACUGUGGCCUUUGGGACUCGGUCAGCGGAGCUGCGACGACGACUUCUACGGAGCGCCACCGCUUCUGGUGCACAAGCGCGAUUCACCGCGUCCAGUCCUCGACGACGUUCACGCGGUCAUCGAACGAGUCGACACACAGCGCUACCAGAGCGUAAAGCAGGCUCUCCAGGUGGCCCGUGUUGCACGCGACAGCAUCCCCGCGGAGUUGCUCAUCGUCACAAUAGCGCUGGUGCUCGGCGUCGUCUACAAGAGUUGCUGUCGUCGCAAGCGAAGAAGACCGUCGUCGAAAACAUCCUUUAGUUCCGAUGCGUCACGUCAAAGCAGCUUGACCCUGCAUGACCUGUUCGGCGACGGGUUGCUGAGAAGCCCUGAUCAAGUGGGCCACAACGGCUUCACAGAGCAGGAUCCGACUGCUGCUUACAAGAUCCAGGAAUGGCCUCUGGCUGUCACACAGCGACAUCUGCAAGGCGACCAGCCUUACAAGCGCGACUGCUUUGCUGCGAGGCUUAGUGAAGCCGACGAACGCGGUUUUAGAGCUAGACAGGAAGGGCUGCGUUCGAGGGACAGGUCCCGGAAUUUUUCAGCCAACGACAAAGCUGCUGCUGAGCGUAGAGACGGCAGCGAAGUUGGGGGAAACCUUGCGGAAGACCUGUACUACCACACUACUUCUCCGCAAUGGAGGAGUAAAGACAACGCCGACGAAAUUCCAGAACUCGUAGACUACGGCGAUGAAGACCAGCCCUUACUGGAGUCGUCCGACGAUUCUUCCAACUGCGAAGGCAGCAACGGUGAGAAGCGACGCUCUGGAGGUGGUGAUGAUGACCGCUCCGACGUGAACAACAGUGGCCUCUCGGAAGAGACGGCCUACAUGGAGCUGCCGAAGUCCGAGCGGUCAUCCGAAGCCGCGAGCAUCUGCUCAUCGGGCACUGCAGCCCAAAAGGAGUGGCUCUCGGUGGCUGCCGCAGUCGAUCGUUUCGCCACGAGUACUCCUCUGCCGUCGCAGCAGCUGCGACCUCAUAACUUAUUCGGCCAGCUACUCGAGGCCUGCAGGCAGCCGGAAGCCGUAUCAUUUUCCGCCGUCCUGAAGGAACUCUGCGUGGACACCUGCGUGAAGCUACACGAGAGCGAGUACGCGGACAUCUUCGUCGCGUCCACGGUGCGCGGCGACACCAUGGUGUUCAAGGUAUGCGACUGCGCGCGCAUGGGGAAAUACAUGCGGUGCCUUAUCAACGAGGUCCGGAUUGGCUGGUUCCUCACAAAGUUGGCUGAAGGGCUAGAAAAUCAAACAAGAGGCUUCCCUCAGCUCCGCCUGACAUGUUGCAUUUGGGACAGCUAUCCCAUGCUGCUGGAAAAUGCAUGCACCAGCUACCUGGAGAGGAGAGGGUCGGCAGAUUUCAGAGAGUACGGACGAAAGCUCUACUCACCCUACGCCCUCAUCUGCAUGGAAAACGCUGGUGAGCCGCUCUCCAAUAUGACGAUCGGGCAAUUCAGCAACGCCCUGCAGCUCCGAUCCGUGGUCCAGCAGGUAGCGCUAGCGUUAGCGGUCGCUGAGGCCGAGCUGGAGUUUGAGCUCCGGGCCCUGACCCCUGGGCACGUGCUGGUGAGACCUGCAAGCGAUCGCGUAGUGCACUACCGAUUCAUGAACACUGUCUUGUUCGUCAAGUUGCACGGAUGGGAGGCGUGCAUCGUGGAUUUCGCUUCAUCCAGGCUUUGCCCGGGUGGAGGAGAGAUGCCCGUCUUCGUUGGACUACACGAACUCCCUGACGACAAGAGGAAGAGUGUGGGCGACGGGCUCGCUCUCAUCGACAAAAUUGUCAGGCCCGACGCAUCCCGCUUCGAGCCUUACACCAACGUCAUCUUCCUCCACGACCUGGUUCAUGGACUACUGGAAAAACACAAGCAAAUUUUAACUUACGGCAAGUCUUCUUGGACAAGAGGCGAGUGGGAAGCUUGGAAGGACCUCUUGUGGUGGUCGGAGGAGAUUCCGGCUUUCAUCAGCGCAGGAGCUUUUGUAAUCGCCCGCUUUGUGCCCAGCAAUGUGCUCGCCGAGUCUACGGAUAUGACCGAAGAAAUGUAGAGCCAUUCCAGGCGUCGACUUCCGCAAGGGCUAAACUCCUCUUGCGAUAUUCAGAGAGUUGACGCUAACUGAAGUGGAAUGGAACUCGUUUGUUGUCUAAAAUACCGUUGUUAAGUAAGGGAAGUUCGUUACAGGGCAAGAGUAUUGUGUGCGGCGGGGUAGGGGAUGCCUGUGGCGUGAUUGGCGGUAUUGGUGUGAAGAAUCCACUUAUCACGAUGGUAAUGGUGGCAGGAAGAAAAUUCGUCGCCGACUCGAAAAGAUUUCAGGUAUCAUCUAAUAGAAUAUAUUGUUUGCGAUAUAUUCUGCCAGAAAACUUGAUUAUGACGAUUAUGGUGAUUUUUACAAAGGCUAGGAGCAGCGAAAUUGAAGAGCCCUCAACAGCUAUUGCAGUCGAACGAAUCCCUGCCGUGACCUGAUAACACAAGUAUUGCCGCAUAAUGUAAAACUUCGCUUCCUGUGUUCAUGUUUUGGUUUAGCUCCUCAUUGUCACUCUUUAAAGUAGCACGCCGAAAACGCGCACUUUCUAUGGCCGUCUCACCGAUUGACAUAACCAUAGAACAUGAGGAUUAUCCUCAAGGAACCAAUAAAUGAAAUUUAGCUUGAAUCGGCUACGCUUCGUUCGUUUUUUGCUUUUUUUUUCGGGGUGAGCGGUUCCCUAGUGAGAUUAUUGUAAGCGAUCUGGUAGUGAAUGAGGCUCCUGCGAAAACUGCGGCUGUACGAAAAAAAGGUGCUUGGUUGACAGGGAGAACGGGCCUUCAAGGUUUUGGUGACAGGCAUUAAAAGCCUCCAGGGGAAUGUGCUUUCGCGAGGAGCAUGAGCAUUAAUGAACACGCAGCCCAAUGCAAAACACGUAAAGUGCGUGACAACCCGACUAGAAUAACUUGAACUAACACCAAAACAACCACAGGUGGAAGACAAAGCACCACCGCAACGAGAUGAAAAGAGCGAGGGAAAUAAAUCUUCGAGGUGAACAGGCGAGUGACGGAACCUCGACAAGUGCAAGGCACAGGUUCUUGCUGACAUGCGAAGCCGAUGUUGCGACGCGUUAACAAACACCUGUUCAUGCAAGUUGUUCUUGUACAGCUGGUGACGAGUUCAACUAUUGAACAAGAAACUAUACGUAGCCGUUCUAUGCAAGCCCUCAUCAGGUCAUUAAAUUUAGAGUUCGACAUAAAGGUGUCCACUAUGAAAUAUAUUUUAUGUUGAAGCAUUUACAACGCAUUAUAAUUAGCAUGCGGUAUGUG